AAACCUGGCCCUGAAGUAAGGCCUUUUCUGACAGUGGGGUUUAAGUGUCUCUAGGCUUCUGUUCGCUUUCCUUGGUGUCAUCUUGAAGGAUUGCUCAGUUCAACCAAGGUGUUGUUUAUUUUUCUUCCAGAUAUUGCCUGUUUGCGGGUGUAACCCGAAUCAGGGCUACUUCUUGUUGCCUGUUCUUUUUGGCCUUUGUAAGAAACCGAGAAGAUGGUGAACGUUCUGAAAGGUGUUCUGAUCGAAUGUGACCCAGCAAUGAAGCAGUUUCUGCUCUACUUGGAUGAGUCGAAUGCCUUGGGGAAGAAGUUCAUCAUACAAGACCUGGAUGAAACUCAUGUCUUCGUAUUAGCUGAGCUGGUUAACUUCCUCCAGGAGAGAGUAGGCGAGUUAAUGGACCAGAACUCCUUUCCUAUUACUCAGAAGUAAAGACUAGAGAAAUGAGGUGACUGUGAGUUCUGGAGUAGUGAAUUUCAGUAGAUUGGGUUGUUACUCUUCUAACAGAUAUACUGUGGUUAGCAAGUUCUAUGUGAAAGUGGCUACUCUAGAAAAUGGAUUACUUUCAUAGAUGAAAUGUUCUUGAAUUGGAUUCUAAUUUUCCCUUUGAAAGAUUAUGUCUUUAUUAAAAUCCUUAAAAUGAUACAUCGAGGACGUGCCUAGAAGAUUUUUUGAUGCAUGCUGUAUUCCUUUAGGAUUUUUAUCUUUCUUGUGAAACAGUGUGACCCUAAAAUUAGAGUGGUGUUUCUGUAUUGGAAUGCUAUAUGAACUCUACUGCUGUGUUAUAUUCCUGUGGAAUUGAUGAAAUCUGGUUGUAGCGUGAGUGACCGAAUGUAAAGAAUGUCUGUUAAAGUAUGAUCUGCGCUUGAUGAAAUAUCCCUGUAAGUUGAAAGCAUGACUGGAUGAAAUCAGAUAUUGCUUUAACCUAAUUGUUUUUAUACAACAUAAUAAAAAGACUUUUUUUUUCUGUCACGCAUAUUGUAGAUGCCCCUUAGUCCUCACCUAUGUGCCUGAGAAUCAAUAGUAGCAAAUUAAAGGGAGAAUAUAAAUGGGAGACCAGUCCUUUAAACGUGGCUGCUUGCCAUAUUCCCCCCUACCCCCAAACCUAAUAUUUAGUCACAAUAAGGUAUGUGCACAGAAUGGGGGAAAGAUUGCCUUGUUCUGCAUAUGAAAAAGAAAGCUGUCUUUUUGUUGUUAUUUCAGCUUAACUCCUCUUCUGCUAUUGCCCUUUACAAAGAAAAGUUCUCCUAUGGUUUUGUACCGAGUGUAAGUAAUUUUUAGUUUGCACUUGUAACUCGCCAUCUCACACUGGCUUAUCCAGUAGGUCAGCUACUACAUAAUGGCAAAACCUGUGAAGAUUUCCAUCUGAAAAAGAUGGCAGAUGUCGAAUACAGAAACAAGAAAAAUAACAGAUGUAUUGACCUUUCUUUCUUUGUUUUUCUGCUUACAACAGUUAAAUCUCUUGGGUAUAUAAGUGUGAAUGAAAUACUAUUAGGCUAUUACUCUUACAAGGGAAACUUGGUUUUCAAAGCUCUUCCCUGAUGGGCAUCAGGGAAAUGACAUCUUUUUAUCUUUGGAAAAACAAUUCUUAAUAGAAAGGCUUUUAUGGGGAGCAGUUUUCUUUUAAUUGAUUUUCGUACCCUUGCUUACUUGCUUGGUCAGUAAAUGCCAAGUUAACUUUUUUUUAUUAGUUUUUGAUCCAAAACAUGUAACUUUCUCCUGAAGAGUAGCUGAUUCCCAAACAUAAAAAGCCCUGCAGAAUUAAAUAUAUUCAAGCAUGUACAUUUCUGGAUCAGUGAAUAACCCUGUGGAAUGUAGCUGUUCAUGGGUUUUUUUGAGGGUUUUCUUCCCCCCUGCUUCUCUCUGUCUGUACAGAACAAAUGCUUUUGGUCCAAAUAGUUUGGUUCUUUAGUUCUACAAGUGGAUGCUUCUGCAGUCACAUAGCUCAAGAUCCAUCUUCACUUGAAAUAAACUGUUGAAAUCUUUUGGUACCUAAGUAAAUGAGAAAGUUCUGUUGAA